AUGGUCGAUCUAUCUAUCGCAUGUAACUCGGUUGUGUCCGGGCCAUUUGCAGAGGCCACAGAUCGUUUCGCGCUUGGCCCUCUCGUCCGCACCCCGAACCCUGCACUUGAUUGGAGUACGUGUGGGGAAAUGUGGCGGAAUGAUGAUGACACCCUUUUCUUCGCCAGUCAACGCUCCCACACGUAUCAGUACACUACAUCUUGGGGUAUUCAUAUCACCAUGAGCGCUCCCGAGUCACUAUCGUCCUCAUCAUCCGUGACCUCGUGUCUUGCACACGACGGGCCAACGACGCGUGUCAGACUUACGAGCGUCGAGCUGAAGUUCUGCAGUGGUUGGAAAGCGCAUAUCGAUAGCCUGCAUCCGUGAGCUCCUUCUUUUCGUAGAGAUUUUCCCCCUUCUGAGUAUACGGCGCUGCUCACAAAGACUACAAGAAGCUACCCCAUCGGUUGUGA